GAUUCCAGUGCUUCAUCAGAGCGAAAAAUACCGUCCGGUCACGCCUCUCAUACUCAACGACUGCCGCCUGUUGAUGAAGACCUGUUUUAUCAACGCUUGAUUCAAUCACAACCACGGCAACCCCCUGGUUACGAGGAAUCCGUCGCCUUGCCACAUGACACGCUACCAGAGUACCAUUGUGACAUUGACCUAGAAGGGGUCUUCAUGCGCAAGAUGGAAAUCACAAACACCACGCAGCGUGCCGAAGAUCGACAAUGGCGAAUGGUCUACGUUAGUCUCCACGGCACGGCCCUGAACAUCUAUGGCGUCAAGAAAAGCUGGCAAUGGGGGCGCACCGCAGAUGAUGGCCCCAGUGUUGACCCUGAUAAUCCACCGUGGAUAGACCAGGGGAAGUUAUUGAAGAGCUAUAGUCUCCAGUACGCUGAGAGUGGGAUCGCAUCUGAUUAUAAGAAGCGGCGGUAUGUGAUCCGGCUACGGGUAGAAACUGACCAGUUCUUGAUCUCUUGUUGCGAACUCUCCACCUUUGUCAAGUGGCUUGACUGGUUGAACGCAGCCAUGAACGUUGCAGCGCCCAUCGAAGACCGGGAUUUCCCUUUCGACUAUAGCGUCCCACGGCUGGAGCGUAUAAGCUUAUUCCACGGCCGAGAGCGGGCACCCGCCUUCGAUCGUGACCUCGGGAGUGAGCUCGAUUUUCGGCGAUCAAGCACAACAACUGGAGAUGUAUCUAAUGGCAGUGAGACACUUAUUUCGAAUCCGCCUAUCGUUGGGAUUUCUUUAUCACGACGCUGGGACUCUUUCGGCCCUCAAUAUUCAGACGACUCGAUCAAUCCAGUGACGGGGAAAUGGUUUCCACAGUGCCGGUGGUCGAGUGCGCACGACAUGCUGUACGCCAAGCUGUGCUACUCCAACCUCCUAUUCAAGAGCCCCCGGAAGAGCUCUUACGUGAUCUCGAGCGGUAAAAAGUGGUUUGUCGACUGGUCGACGGGGAGGAUGGUCCGUGUAUUGCCUCCUACCUAUGAAGAGAUUGAUUACAUUGGGCCGUGGCAGGUUGUCCGUACCGAGAAU